GUUCGCAUGCUAAAGCACUUUUUUGGACAGUCAUGUUAUUAUUUACAGUCAGACAGUGACACAGCAGCAGUUGUCAGCAUCCGGCAACCUCGGGCUUCAUUUAAAUUUACUACUUUAUUCACGACUCCUUAUUUAAACGGUAUUUAGCGUAUACUUAUAUUUGUAACGGUGCCACUAAAAGUUUUUUGUAACUUUUGUUUACUGUAGCUACCAGUAAGCUAGCUAUCCGGUCAACUCAGUCACGUAACUUUACACCAGGUUAGCUAAGGAAAUUCUUUCGUGUCAACAUGGACCCAUCUGGCUCUUAUCCGGUGAAACUAUACAUCUAUGACCUGUCCAGGGGCAUGGCCCGCCAGCUGAGUCCUGUCAUGCUAGGCAAACAGCUUGAUGGUAUAUGGCAUACAGCUAUUGUGGUCCAUGGAAAAGAGUACUUCUUUGUUGGAGAAGGCAUCAACAAUUGUCCACCUGGUGGCACUCCAUUAGGCGAGCCUGACUCUGUGGUGGACAUGGGCUUCACUGAGGUGCCCGCAGAGUUAUUUAUGGAGUAUCUAACUUCACUGGCUGAGUCCACCUACAGAGGUGACAAGUACAACUUGUUUGAGCACAACUGCAACAGUUUCAGCAACGAGGUGGCUCAGUUCCUAACGGGCAAAAAGAUUCCGUCGUACAUUACAGACCUUCCAUCUGAAGUUCUGUCCACGCCGUUUGGCCAGGCUCUCCGUCCCCUACUGGACUCUGUUGUCAUAAAUCCUGGAGGCAACAACAUAACUGGACAGCGAUAGGCAGAGUUUCACAUACUGAGGAAGAAAAGAAAAUACUUGAUAACUGAUAACACGUUGAUCUCUUCUACUUGUCAUAUUUACAGCUUCUUCAUUGAAACACUCUCCUCUAUCCAAGCUCUGUUUCUGCAUAUUCUACAUAAAUGGGGUUUUAAGGAGGAUAAAAAAGAGAUUUCUACUAUUUAUGAUGAAUCUGAUUCAGCUAUGAGGUUUGUUUUGUUCAUGAAGAUUACUUUCCUGAUGAGAUUACUUCCCCUAGGUUAGCCAAUACAUUAUAUAUAUUCUCUGGAUUUGGAUUUUAAAUUUCCUCAUGCCAGAGGCUUUUGAAACAUACAUUGCCAUUAUUUCCUAAGAUGCUUCAUUAUGAGAGUCUGUCAGGGAGUAUUAAAAUGAGUUAACCAAUGCAGAAAAUGAUUGUCGUGUACAGAAUCAAGACAGAGCAAUUUUUAGCCGCUGAAAAUGUUAACAUGUUAAAAAAGAAGACAUUAUUGUAUUGUCAAAAUGUGUAAUUUACCAUGCUUGGUGUACAGCCAGCUUUUACCAUACCAGCACCACACAAGCAAAGCCUGACUAAGCAGAUCAUGCUUUUGCCUUGUGCUCUUACCAAUGUUGGCCUUUUUACCCUUUCUGUCACUGAAUCGUGACAAUGGAGAGAGGAUUUUAAUACCACUAAUAAGAUGUCACAUUUUAUCAUCACCUCACCUUCUUAAAGCCAUUCACACAGAUGUUUUUUUCUACAUCAUGUAUGUCAGUGCUUAUGAAUGGUGAGUUUUUCCUCAUCUACUUGGAGACAAAUUUGCAACAGUUCACGUAGUAUUUAGGCAAAUUUUACACAUUUGAAGUGCAUAUUUUGUGCAUGCAUGAUUCUAAAUGUGUUCAUGUGAGUUUUUCAUCCAGAUCUGUAUCAAAAUACACACAGUGAUACCAAACAGCGAAUCUUUAGAAAGAAAAAAAAUCUGCAUGUGAAUCUAGUAUCAAAAUUUGUCCCUUGAUCAGUGGCCAAAUUUCCUCCUAAACUGCAUUUUACACGACCAUACAAGACCAAAGACCUGAUCUUGUGACCUGAGUGAUAGUUUUAACCUUCAGAAACCACGAGUCCAGUUUCUUUCUCAAGGAACUGCAUAGUAGCUGUCUUGGUUUUGUUAAUGCUCGCUAAACCAUUCUCAAUGGCAAUUUAAUUAUGUCUGUUAGCCUUUAUUUGCUCACCAUAUUGUCUUCUGAUUUUUAAUUUUAUUCCUGUGAUCAUAGUGACAGGACUGCACUCCAUUGACAGGACCAGAGUGAGUUUAAACCAUUUUACUGGCAUGUCUUUGUAUUCAGUGUUUCAGAAACUACAGUUUGACCAAAUCUUAAGUUUAGUGUCUUCUCUAACUCAAAAGUAUCUGUUAACCACAGACCAUAGGGUUGUUUUUUGUAAAUACAGGACCAAUCAGCAUUUACAUCUUCUGUUUGUUUAAUCUGCAGCGUUAUCGAGUUUGUUCACUUCAUAAAGACAGACCGUUACAUAUCCUCAAUUUACGUCUGAUAACAUGGAAUAUUGAAGAAUGUGUACAGUUUGCACUGACCUGACUAAACCAGGCACUGUACAAUAUGCCAGCAGCAACUUACCUCCAUGACUGUGUCGUCAGGAAAAAACAUAUUGUUGAUGCCAUGAGUGUCUUUAUUCUGAGUUUAUUCUCAUUUCAGGACAAAGUCUGAGAAGUUAAUCUCCUGAAUAGUUUCCUAAUUGUUAUUUUGAACAUACUUAGUAUUGUUUAACCUGUUGCUAUUACACUUAAAAAUCAUGCCUGCAGGUCAUUCAAUAUUAAAGUAAGGAAUUUAACUUUACAAGUAAAUGCACAAGACCUCAAAAGUUUAAAUAUUUAUUCUGAAUUAAUACUCAAACAUGAAUCUGCUGGGGAAAUGAGUGUUCUAGAGAAAUCUAAUUUGUAUGCUGACCUGCAGUCACACAUUGUUUUAGACAAACAUUUAUUUCAAAAUUAAUAAUGAAAUUGGUUGAAAAAGUAAUAUAUUUACACUCUGCACUUUGUUAAAUGUGUGACAUUUUAAGCUUGACUUAUGUUCUAACAUUAAAAUAUCCUUUAUUAAAAA